AUGUCGGCCGCAAAGCAAAAGGCUCAACAAAUCAUCGACGAGAACGCCGUUGUCGUCUUCUCCAAAUCCUAUUGUCCAUACUGCCGUGCCAGCAAAAGUCUGUUGAAUGAGAAACAUGCUAAAUAUUUCUUGAUGGAGUUGGAUGAAGUUGAUGAUGGCGCUGCAAUCCAGGAUGCUCUCGAAGAAAUCACCGGCCAGCGAAGUGUGCCUAACAUUUUCAUCAAUCAUCAGCACAUCGGUGGUAAUUCGGAUCUCCAGGCCCAAAAAGCCGCAUUGGACGUGUUGUUGAAAGAGGCGGGUGCUAUCUAA